GAGUCGGAGCCCCCCGCGCUGUCAGGCUCCCGCCUAGCUCCCGCAUCAGGCCGUCCCGGCCUCAUGAGGAACCCCCGGCCGGGGCGGAGAGCCGGGCACCGCCCGGACCGCGAUCUUGCCGCGGCCCUAGAGCGUUAGACAGGAUGCGGCUGGGCCACCGGGCCCUGUAUGCGCUAGUACUGCUGCUCGCCUGUGCCUCGCUGGGGCUCUUGUACGCCCGCACCCGAGACGCGCCAGGUCUCCCGAGCCCUCUGGCAUUGUGGUCGCCCCCACAAGGUCCCCCGAGGCUCGAUCCGCUAGACCUUGCUCCUGAGCCCCGCUACGCACACAUCCCUGUCAGGAUCAAGGAGCAUGUGGUGGGGCGCCUGACUCAGAACAACUGCAGCUGUGAGUCCAGGGGAGGGCGCUUUGCUUUGCCUUUCCAGAGACAGAUUCGAGCGGUUGACCUCUCCAAAGCCUUCGACCCUGAGGAGCUGAGGGCUGUUUCUGUCCUUAGGGAACAAGAAUACCAGGCGUUCCUUGCAAGGAGCCCGUCCCUGGCUGAGCAGCUGCUCAUCGCCCCUGCCAAUUCCCCCUUACAGUAUCCCCUGCAGGGUGUGGAGGUUCAGCCCCUCAGGAGCAUCCUGGUGCCAGGGCUAAGCCUACAGGAACUUUCUAUUCAGGAGGUCUAUCAGGUGAGCCUGGCCGCUUCCCUGGGCACCUGGGACGUAGCAGGGGAAGUGACAGGAGUGACUCUCACUGGAGAGGGGCAGCCAAAUCUCAUCCUUGCCAGCUCCAGUCUGGAUAAACUCAACCGGCAGCUGCAACUGGUCACAUACAACAGCCGAAGCUACCAGGCCAACACUGCAGACACAGUCCGGUUCUCCACCAAGGGACAUGAAGUUGCCUUCACCAUCCGCAUAAGACAUCCUCCCAACCCUCGGCUGUACCCACCUUCAUCUCUACCCCAGGGAGCCCAGUACAACAUUAGUGCUCUAGUCACCAUUGCCACCAAGACCUUUCUUCGUUAUGAUCGGCUGCGGACACUCAUUGCCAGCAUCCGACGCUUUUACCCCACUGUCACCAUAGUCAUCGCUGACGACAGCGACAAACCGGAGCGCAUUAGCGAUCCCUACGUGGAGCACUAUUUCAUGCCCUUCGCCAAGGGUUGGUUCGCAGGUCGGAACCUUGCAGUGUCCCAGGUAACCACCAAAUACGUGCUGUGGGCGGACGACGACUUUGUCUUCACGGCACGCACCCGGCUAGAGAAGCUUGUGGACGUGCUAGAGAGGACGCCCCUGGACCUGGUAGGGGGCGCGGUGCGGGAGAUCUCAGGCUUCUCUACCACCUACCGGCACCUGCUGAGCUUGGAGCCAGGCGCCCCAGGCCUUGGGGACUGCCUCCGGCAAAAGCGCGGCUACCACCACGAGCUCGUCGGCUUCCCAAGCUGCGUGGUCACCGACGGCGUGGCCAACUUCUUCCUGGCGCGCACAGACAAAGUGCGCGAGGUGGGAUUUGACCCGCGCCUCAACCGGGUGGCACACCUGGAAUUCUUCCUGGAUGGACUUGGUUCCCUUCGUGUUGGCUCCUGCUCUGAUGUGGUUGUGGAUCAUGCAUCGAAGGUGAAGCUGCCAUGGGUAUCAAAGGGCGCAGGGGCUGAAACUUACGCCCGCUACCGUUACCCGGGAUCACUGGACCAAAGUCAAGUGGCCAAAACUCGCCUGCUGUUCUUCAAACACCGGCUGCAGUGCAUGACCUCUGAGUGACUGAUUCGGGCCUUCCCAAUGUCAGGCUGGGCCUGCCUCCUGUCCCUCCCUGACAGGAACCCCAGGAACCCCUCCAACCCCUGAGCACCCCAUUGAUGAGCACCCCGACUUCCUGACCAUCUCUUUCCACCAAUCUGAUCCCUAAUGGGUUUGUCCUGGUGACACCCUUCUUUUCUGUUGAGUGACCAGAGGCCAUACCCUCCCCCACAGCCAGUGCCAAGUCCUCCCCUGACCCCAUUCCUAUGAGGCAGGAAAUGGGGAGGGGGGUGUUUCACAAUCCAAGUGCCAAAGAGCCCAGAAGGACUCUGAGACCCUCAUGUGGAAACACUCUCACCUCCUGAGGGGCAGGAAAACUCCCAAUGUGCAACCCCUGGGACAUGCACCCCACCCCAGCUCUGGAUCCAGAACCGUGUGUACCGGCUCUGACAUUUCCCCACAGAAAGCACUGUGACUGGAGUUCUGUGGAGCUGGUGAACACACGGCGAAAGCCAUUUUUA